AUGAAUUCCGUCCUUUUCCUUCUCUAUCUGAGUGUCCUUUUAAAAAUAGAAAGCAAAAGGGUCUGUAAAAAGGUCCUCAAAGGGAAGGUCACACAUCGGGGGGGACCCUUCUUUGUGCGAACCAAGUCAUUUUGUGUGAUAAGAGUGAAAAGAAACAAAAUGGCGUUGCACACCGUUGGUGAUGAGGCAAACCCGAGUGAGCUAAGUAUCCUCAAGGAAGAACCUCCCACAAUUGGUACAAAUGAAGCAUCCGAGGUAGGUAACUUCCCAAAUGAGGGGACCCCCCCAAAUCGCCCCAAACUGACGAACAUCCUUCUCAUCGUUGACUACGACGGCACGAACUAUAGCGGCUGGACGGGCAUUGAAAACUGUAGCGAUAUCUACCUACGCGCAACGAGGAAUUACAAAAAUGGAACGACUGAAAAGAGGAAGGCGCCAACGGGGGACUCAAAAUGUGAUACAGUACAGAACACCAUCUUAAAUUGCUUGUUGCAAAUUCAUGGGUAUGGAUAUGAAAUGAAGAAACAGGAAGGGGAGGUGAAGUCCAAUUUGAAGGCCUUUGAAUUUAUAGGGGUAAGUAGAACUGACAAGGGAGUCCACGCGAAGGAAUAUGUGUGUCAGUAUGUGUCUUAUGAGAGGCCCCCCCCGUGUGAUGGUAACUUGCAUAAGGUCAAAAUGGCACUAAAUGGAUUGCUAAAUAAGGACAUAAGAAUCCUGGGCGUUUUAAAUGCACCCUUCCCUGACUUCAAUGUAAGGUUUAAUAAUUUGGGAAAAAUCUACACGUACAAUUUUGACGUUCGAGUUCCGAGUCAGCCUUUGGAGAGGAACUACGCAUGGCAGCUGUAUGAUGACCCGAGGUUUGCAUUUCUCCUUCGGGGGAAAACCAUUCGUGAAGAGGUCAUCUCUGACGAUCUCCACUGUGGGGGAGAAGCGGCCGAACCGCCGACCCAACUGUCAACCGAAUUACCAACCCAACCGGACGUCUCACACUGCCUGCACAUAAUCAACCGCCAGGGGGGAAGCAACCCAACCAUCCCCUUUGACAUGGAGAAAAUCAAGGAGUGCUGCAAGCUGUUCAUAGGACACCACAACUUUGAAUUCUUUCGCGGAACGUUGAAGGGGACGGAGAAGCAAAAGAAAGUGGACCCAUUUUGCAACAUCUACUUUUUAGAGUUGCACGAAUUAAGGAGUAACAUUUACCAGUUUGUUAUUCAGGGAGAUAGGUUCCUCUAUCACAUGAUUAGGAUAAUCGUCGGGACUCUGCUUCAGGUCGGAGUCGGACUGUUGGAGUACGAGGACGUACGGGAUGCCCUUCAUUUUAGCAAGCCACUGAAGGUGAAGCUCUGCGCCCCCGCACAGGGCCUCUGCUUGACCAAAAUUUUGUUCCCCCCUAAUAUUCAGGGGGAUAUUUCCGCGGCGUUGCUGUCGUGA